AUGUCUACUGCACUCCCUCAAGCACAGGAACCAUUCACACUGCUGCAAUUUUCAUUUUCAGAUGACGCUAAUUUGUUGCCCACACGUGAUCUGUCGCUUCCCGGUGCAACUCCACUACUCCAUCUUCGCCAGCCUUCCCCAGUAAUUUUUUCACCACAACCCUCUCCACCACUCUCUUUACCCCUGCUUUCCUUGCCACUCCCUUCACCUGAGCCUUCCUUACCGCUCACUACACCCAAGCCUUCCUUACCACUCACUAUGCCCAAGCCUUCCUUACUGCUCACUAUGCCUGAGCCUUCCUUACUGCUCACUUCACCCAAGCCUUCCUUACUGCCCGCUUCACCCGAGCCUUCCUUGCCACUCACUUCACCCAAGCCUUCCUUACUGCUCCCUCUGCCCAAGCCUUUUUUUUUUUAA